AUGGUGGGGCGUACAAGCAAUGGAACGCACGAUUAUGCAUGCGAUCCUGUUGCACCCGUUGCGGUCGGACAUAAGAGGGAAUCGGGCACGGUAAGUCAGCCAACCAACUAUGUACUACUUACCUAUAGCCUAAGUGUACUAUGACAAGAUGUCUGGACCUUUAUGGCACGAGAUAAUGGGCUUGGGCAAUCCUCAUGUUAGAAAUUAAGUAGGCUAUCAGGUAUUUUCUCCCAGGUUACUUUUUGUGGCUGUGGUGAGGUAAGCAUGGAUCAUGAAAUUCAACCCAAGACAACUAAAGUUGUCUCUGACUAUGAGAUGGUUUCCUAUAUGUUUUUGAACUUUUAUUUAAAGAUUAAAAGUCUAGGAGACUCUUACAUAAAGUGGUUGAAAGUGAGACUGAAAGAAAGAAAGAAAGAAAGUGAGAGGAUGCUCUAGGGUAGAGAGAAGUAAAGAUAGAGACAGGAGAGAGAAGUGUAAAGUUCAGCAAGAUCCACUUCCAUGUCCUGUUCCUGCUGCUUCAUAUAGAUAGAAUGUCUUCUCUAUUCCGUGUAUCAGUGUAAUUCAGUAGAAAACAGAUACUGUUCCUUGUAUAUUCUUAAAUGUGUCCUCUCCUCUCCUCCUUUCGCCAUAACAACUGAUCUCCAAAAGCACUGGAUAGGUGUCUUCUGCUGUAAAAGCCUUCUGCUUUCACCUAUCCUCAAAGAGGAAAGGGGACAAGAAACAGAAGCCGGUUAAGACUGUUGGGACACAGCACAGGGAGGAACCUCAAUGUGCAUGUAUCAUAUUACUUUCACCUAUAUUGUGUUUUCAGAGGAGAGGAGAGCAACUGUAGACUAUUGAGAUACAGCCUCCUAGACACUGAUGCUCAAUGCCAUACUUCACUGAUGGUCCAAGCCAGCUCAGCCAAUCCUUGUCCUCCAUGCAAAUGAGACAGUGGGAUCUGUGCUCUGAUUGGAGCUCUCUCUCAUUUUUGUCAUCGCCAUGGCUAGAGUUUGGAGGUGCUUGGCUGCUGGUCUGUGAGUGAGGGAUCACUCUGCCAAAGAGAGGAGGAGAGGGGGAGGAGAGAUGGAUGGAAGAGGUGGAAUAGAGGGAAGGAGAGAGGAGGGCAGAGUGGGUGGGGAUACACAGGGAAGUGAAGAGGGAGGGGACAAAGGCAGAGCGAGGAAGAGAGAAAUAGAGAGAGAGAGAGAGAGAGAGAGAGAGAGAGAGAGAGAGAGGGGGGGAUCAUCUCACUGAUGCUGAGUCACAGACAGGGGGUUCAGCCGCCGUAUCCCAUGAGCCUUUAGGGGAAACAUGGAGGAGCUCGAGCACACCUGCCCCCAUCCGCGCACGGUAGGGUGUGUUUGUGUGUGUUCGUGUGUGAAGGAGAGAAAGAGGGAGAGGCUGGCUAGUCUGCUUGUUGUUAUGAAACAGAUCCACUGUCUGUGUGUGUCAUUGCGGGAUGCUCUGAAUGCUGAAUGGACUGUGUGUGUCUGUGUGGAGGGUGGGAGGUUGGGUGUGUUUCGCAGUAUUGGCAGGGGUGUGUGUAUGUGUGGGUAUAGGCAGCCUGGCAUAGAUCUCCUGAUGAGGACACAAAAGCGCAAGGAUACAGAGGGGCGAUGCUAGCUCCAUGCCAGCUCCAUUCAGUCUCUCUUUCUCUCUCUGUCCUUGUCAUUCCCUUUUAUUCCCUGUGCCUCUCUCCUUCUCUUCAUCAUAUCUUCCUCUCUGUUCCCAUAUCCCUGUGCCUCUCUCCUUCUCUUCAUCAUAUCUUCCUCUCUGUUCCCAUAUCCCUGUGCCUCUCUCCUUCUCUUCAUCAUAUCUUCCUCUCUGUUCCCAUAUCCCUGUGCCUCGCUCCCUCUCUUUCUUUCCUCCCGUGUGCUACCAUCACAGCGUUCUGGUUGUUUUUUUAGCUGACGUUUUUAGUGUGUUUUUUUUGUUAGUUAAUCCUUCUUACACCAGAUGUUCUCUGCUUGCGCCAGUUUCAGGGCUUUAGUGAGCACAUUCGCUGCGGUCACUCUGAUCUGUCGAUCGUCCGAGGCCGCCGCCUGCCCUUUGUCCACACUGGGCUCCUCCCCCUUCUCACCUUGCAGUGGAUUGUGGGAGAAACGUUACCUCAGUGUGUCCUCCUCACUGUUCCUUUCUGCCCCAUCUGUUACUAUGGGGUUGGGAGCUCACAAGACCAUCUGAUGAUGUUAUGAUUUUAUCUCCACCUCCUUUCUGUUCUUCCUCAGCCCUUAUCCCAAUGGAAUAUGUACAGGUGGAACUGCCUUUAAAUAUUUAGUGUUAUGGAUGACAAAUGUAGACAAAAGUAUUAAUAAGAACAACGAUUCUUAUUUAAUCUAAGAUCCUAUCUAUCCCUAGAAAUCAAGAAACCUUGGUUUCUAUGUGGCCCUCUAGAGGAGACUGCGCUGUGUGUUUUGUGAUAAUGGUUACUGUUCAGUUGCACUCUCUCUCUCUCUCUCUCUUCCAAAUUUUGUUGUUAAACACAGCCUUAUUCUAAAAUGGAUUAAAUUGUUUUUUUCCCCUCAUCAAUCUAAACACAAUACCCCAUAAUGACAAAGCAAAAACAGUUUUUAGAUAUUUUUUGCAAAAAAAACAGAAAUACCUUAUUUACAUAAGCAUUCAGACCCUUUGCUAUGAGACUCUAAAUUGAGCUCAGGUGCAUCCUGUUUCCAUUGAUCAUGCUUGAGAUGUUUCUACAACUUGAUUGGAGUCCACCUGUGGUAAAUUCAAUUCAUUGGACAGGAUUUGGAAAGGCACACACCUGUCUAUAUAAGGUCCCACAGUUGACAGUGCAUGUCAGCAAAAACCAAGCCAUGACGUCGAAGGAAUUGUCCGUAGAGCCCAGAGACAAGAUUGUGUCGAGGCACAAAUCUGGGGAAGGGUACCAAAAACCCCCAGAAAUAUCACAUUUACGUAAGUAUGCAGACCCUUUACUCAGUACUUUGUUGAAGCACCUUUGGCAGUGAUUACAGCCUAGAGUCUUCUUGGGUAUGACACUACAAGCUUGGCACACCUGUAUUUGGGGAGUUUCUCCCAUUCUUCUCUGCAGAUCCUCUUAAGCUCUGUCAGGUUGGAUGGGGAGCGUUGCUGCACAGCUAUUUUCAGGUCUCUCCAGAUAUGUUAGAUCAGGUUUAAGUCCGGCCUCUGGCUGGGUCACUCAAGGACAUUCAGAGACUUGUCUCGAAGCCACUCCUGCGUUGUCUUGGCUGUGUGCUUAGGGUCAUUGUCCUGUUGAAAGGUGAACCUUUGCCCCAGUCUGUUAUGUGUUAGAUGUAAACUCUGUCUGUCUUCUCCAGUAGACCGCCCAGUACGUGUAUAUGCAGAUGGGAUAUUUGAUCAAGGAUCUCCCUGUGCUUUGCGCCAUUCAUCUUUGCCUCAAUCCUGACUAGUCUCCCAGUCCCUGCUGCUGAAAAACAUCCCCACAGCAUGAUGCUGCCACCCCCAUGCUUCAACAUAGGGAUGGUGCCAGGUUUCCUCCAGAUGUGAUGCUUGGCAUUCAGGUAAAAUAGUUAAAUAUUGGUUUCAUCAGACCAGAGAAUCUUGUUUCUCAUGGUCUGAGAGUCCUUUAGGUGCCUUUUGGCAAACUCCAAGCAGGCUGUCAUGUGCCUUUUACUGAGGAGUGGCUUCUGUCUGGCCACUCUACCAUAAAGGCCUGAUUGGUGGAGUGCUGCAGAGAUGGUUGUCCUUCUGGAAGGUUCUCCCAUCUCCACAGAGGAACUCUGGAGCUCUAUCAGAGGGACCAUAGGAUUCUUGGUCACCUCCCAGACCAAGGCCCUUCUCUCCCCGUUUGCUCAGUUUGGCCGGGCGACCAGCUCUAAGAAGAGUCUUGGUGGUUCUAAACUUCUUCUAUUUAAGAAUGAUGGAGGACACUGUAUUCUUGGGGACCUUCAAUGCUGCAGACAUUUUUGGUACCCUUCCCCAGAUCUGUGCCUCGACACAAUCCUGUCUCAAAGUUCUACGGACAAUUCCUUUGACCCCAUGGCUUGGUUUUUGCUCUGACAUGCACUGUCAACUGUGGGACCUUAUAUAGACAGGUGUGUGCCUUUCCAAAUCAUGUAUAAUCAAUUGAAUUUACCACAGGUGGACUCCAUUCAAGUUGUAGAAACAUCUCAAGGAUGAUCAAUGGAAACAGGAUGCACCUCAGCUCCAUUUCGAGUCUCAUAGCAAUGGGUCUGAAUACUUAUGUAAAUAAGGUAUUUCUGUUUUUUAUUUUUAAUACAUAUGCAAACAUUUCUAAAACCUGUUUUUGCUUUGUCAUUAUGGGAUAUUGUGUGUAGAUUGAUUAGGAUUUUUAUUUAUUUAAUCCAUUUCAGAAUAAGGCUGUCGUAACAAAAUGUUGAAAAAGUCAAGGGGUCUGAAUACUUUCCGAAUGCGCUGUAGUCUCCAUUAUGUCUCUCAGGUUUCUCGUGUGUUUGGGAGUGGAUCCAUGAAGUCACUGGGAACAGGAAGUCAUGCAUGUUCCAAUUCCUCUUUCUCUAUCCCUCUAGACAAAGAGAGAGAGAUGGAAAAUGAGGUGUUAGUAGGGGGAGGGAUGAAGUUCCAUUUUAGCCAGUAGCGGAUCAAUAGCACUGAGUGCUGCUUGUCCCCUCAUCAUGUAAUCAAUAGUUGUGAUAGAGAAUAGAUAUCAGCCCUGAUCAAUAAUCUAAUUACUGGAAUUAUGCCGGAGAGAGACAUGGGAUGACUAUCAAGAAGGGGACAUGAAUGUCAUUCAACUUUCCUUCUCUCCUCUCUUCCUCUGUCGCUUUCCCUCUCUGCAUCUCCUGUUCCUCUAUUCAUCCCCCUCUCAAAUUCUAUUUUUUCUGGUUUUGUCACAUUAUCUCACUCCUUUUCUUCCCUCUUUGACACGCUCUUCUAUCAUGUUGUGUCUCUGACACUCCAUACCAUUUUUUAUUUAUUUAUUUAACCUUUUUUUAACUAGGCAAGUCAGUUAAGAACAAAUUCUUAUUUACAAUGACGGCCUACAAAAAGGCAAAAAGCCUCCUGCGGGGACGUGGGCUGGGAUUAAAAAUAAAAAUAUAGGACAAUACACACAUCACGACAAGAGACACCACAACACUACAUAAAGAGAGACCUAAGACAAUAACAUAGCAUGGCAGCAACACAUGACAACAACAUGGUAGCAACACAACAUGGCAGCAGCACAACAUGGUACAAAUAUUAUUGGGCACAGACAACAGCACAAAGGCAAGAAGGUAGAGACAACAAUACAUCACGUGAAGCAGCCACAACUGUCAGUAAGAGUGUCCAUGAUUGAGUCUUUGAAUGAAGAGAUGGAGAUAAAAACUGGCCAGUUUGAGUGUUUUUUGCAGCUCAUUCCAGUCGCUAGCUGCAGCGAACUGAAGAGAGGAGCGACCCAGGGAUGUGUGUGCUUUGGGGACCUUUAACAGAAUGUGACUGGCAGAACGGGUGUUGUAUGUGGUGGAUGAGGGCUGCAGUAGGUAUCUCAGAUAGGGGGGAGUGAGCCCUAUAAAUAAGCAUCAACCAGUGGGUCUUGCGACGGGUAUACAGAGAUGACCAGUUUACAGAGGAGUAUAGAGUGCAGUGAUGUGUCCUAUAAGGAGCAUUGGUGGCAAAUCUGAUGUCCGAAUGGUAAAGAACAUUUAGCCGCUCGAGAGCACCCUAACCUGCCGAUCUAUAAAUUACGUCUCCGUAAUCUAGCAUGGGUAGGAUGGUCAUCUGAAUCAGGGUUAGUUUGGCAGCUGGGGUGAAAGAGGAGCGAUAUUAUGAUCGAGGAAACCAAGUCUAGAUUUAACCUUAGCCUGCAGCUUUGAUAUGUGCUGAGAGAAGGACAGUGUAUCGUCUAGCCAUACUCCCAAGAACUUGAAUGAGGUGACUUUUUUUUUUUUGUCAUUUAGCAGACGCUCUUAUCCAGAGCGACUUACAGGAGCAAUAGGGUUAAUGCCUUGCCCAGGGCACAUCGACAGAUUUUUUCACCUAGUCGGCUCGGGGAUUAGAACCAGCAACCUUUCGGUUACUGGCACAACGCUCUUACCCACUAAGCUACCUGCCGCCCUGUUUGUUGAAAGGAGUGAAAGAGUUUUGUAGGGGUUUGAAUUUGAUGCGUGCUGUUUUAGUAUGCCGUUGUUAGCGCCAUUAUGCUGAACCAAAAAAGUACUUAACAGUUAAAUCUCUCUCCUCCCUCUCUCAGAUGCUGACUGAGCCUGCUAUCUUUGCUAAGGACACCAGCUGUGAGUGCCACGCCCCUCAUGAGAGACUCUCCAUUGCUCAAGCCCGCAGAGGGACCCCAGGUAUACCUCCUCUCGUCCUCUGUUACACGGCACUCUUCAUCCCUCCUCUCAUCCUUAUUCUUCAUCCUCUCUUCCUCCCAUCCUCAGCAUCUUCACUCAUAGACGUCUCUUCUUCUUUUCCUCUCCUCCUCACAUUCACUCACUUUUCUGCUUCUCUCCUCUCCUGAUGGUGUUAUGUGUUAGAUGUAAACUCUGUCUGUCUUCUCCAGUAGACCGCCCAGUACGUGUAUAUGCAGAUGGGAUAUUUGAUCUGUUCCACUCCGGCCAUGCCAGAGCCCUGAUGCAGGCGAAGAACCUCUUCCCCAACGCAUACCUCAUAGUGGGAGGUAUGCACACAUACACACAUGUAGAUACAGUUGAAGUUGGAAGUUUACAUACACUUAGGUUGGAGUCAUUCAAACUAGUUUUUCAACCACUCCACACAUUUCUUGUUAACAAACUAUAGUUUUGGCAAGUCGGUUAGGACAUCUACUUUGUGCAUGACACAAGUAAUUUUUCCAGCAAUUGUUUACAGACAGAUUAUUUCACUUAUAAUUCACUGUAUCACAAUUCCAGUGGGUCAGAAGUUUACAUGCACUAAAUUGACUGUGCCUUUAAACAGCUUGGUAAAUUCCAGAAAAUGAUGUCAUGGCUUUAGAAGCUUCUGAUAGGCUAAUUGACAUAAUUUGAGUCAAUAGGAGGUGUACCUGUGGAUGUAUUUCAAGGCCUACCUUCAAACUCAGUGCCUCUUUGCUUGACAUCAUGGGAAAAUCUAAAGAAAUCAGCCAAGACCUCCACAAGUCUGGUUCAUCCUUGGGAGCAAUUUCCAAACGCCUGAAGGUACCACGUUAAUCUGUACAAACAAUAGUACGCAAGUAUAAACACUAUGGGACCACCAGCCGUCAUACCGCUCAGGAAGGAGACGCGUUCUGUCUCCUACAGAUGAACGUACUUUGGUGCGAAAAGUGCAAAUCAAUCCCAGAACAACAGCAAAGGACCUUGUGAAGAUGCUGGAGGAAACAGGUACAAAAGCAUCUAUAUCCACAGUAAAACGAGUCCUAUAUCGACAUAACCUGAAAGGUCGCUCAGCAAGGAAGAAGCCACUGCUCCAAAAUCGCCAUUAAAAAAAGCCAGACUAAGGUUUGCAACUGCACAUGGGGACAAAGAUCAUACUUUUUGGAGAAAAAUCCUCUGGUCUGAUGAAACAAAAAUAGAACUGUUUGGCCAUAAUGACCAUUAUGUUUGGAGGAAAAAGGGGGUCUCUUGCAAGUCGAAGAACACCAUCCCAACCGUGAAGCAAGGGGGUGGCAGCAUCAUGCUGUGGGGGUGCUUUGCUGUAGGAGGGACAGGUGCACUUCACAAAAUAGAUGGCAUCAUGAGGAAGGAAAAUUAUGUGGAUAUAUUGAAGCAACAUCUCAAGAGAUCAGUCAGGAAGUUAAAGCUUGGUCGCAAAUGGGUCUUCCAAAUGGACAAUGACCCCAAGUAUACUUCCAAAGUUCUGGCAAAAUGGCUUAAGGACAACAAAGUCAAGGUAUUGGAGUGGCCAUCACAAAGUCCUGACCUCAAUCCUAUAGAACAUUUGUGGGCAGAAAUGAAAAAGCGUGUGCGAGCAAGGAGGCCUACAAACCUGACUCAGUUACACCAGCUCUGUCAGGAGGAAUGGGCCAAAAUUCACCCAACUUAAAGUGUAUGUAAACUUCCGACUUCAACUGUAUGUACACAAAUACACACACACACAUGUGGUUAUAAUGACCCUUUAUAUGAAUAACUCAUACAUGUUUUGCUAUCUGUUUCUUUGUGCCUUUGUGACUAUGUUUCGUGUGUGUGUUUGUUUGUCUGUGUGCGUGUCAGUGUGUAGUGAUGAGCUGACCCAUAAGUAUAAGGGUUUCACUGUGAUGACGGAGGAUGAGAGGUACGAGGCUCUGAGACACUGUCGCUAUGUCGACGAAGUGGUCCGAGACGCACCAUGGACGCUCACACAGGACUUCCUGGAAAAGCACAAGGUGUGUGUUUGUCUAUUCCCAUCAAAGCUCUCUCUGUGUGUGUGUGUGUGUGUAUAGAGAGUAUAUAUGAUGCAGGCAUGUCUCUUUUCUGUGUGUCAGUUUAUCAGCAUGUGUUUUCAUUUUGUUUCUCCCAUGCUGUGUGUAGAGACUGUGUAGAGACUGUGUAGAGACUGUGUAGAGACUGUGUAGAGACUGUGUAUAGACUGUGUAUAGACUGUGUAUAGACUGUGUAGAGACUGUGUAUGGACUGUAGAGAUUGUGUACAUAUCGUGUAGAGAUUGUGUAUAUAUUGUGUAGAGAUUGCGUAGAGAUUGUGUAUAUAUUGGCUAUAGAUUGUGUAUAGAUUCUUGUCUUGUGUUCUGAUUGUUUCUCAGAUCGAUUUUGUGGCUCAUGAUGAUAUCCCAUACUCCUCAGCAGGAACUGAGGACGUCUACAAACACAUCAAGGAGGCAGGUGAGUGUGUGUGUGAAGCUGUAUUUAUGAUCCGUGUAUGCAUACAUGGACGAACACAUACAUGUUCGUCCAUGUAUGUAUUUAUAAUAUGUGUAUGUGUGUUCCAGGCAUGUUUGUGCCAACUCAGCGGACGGAGGGUAUCUCGACCUCUGACCUGAUCACUCGUAUUGUACGAGACUACGACCUCUACGCUAGACGCAAUCUACAGCGAGGCUACACCGCUAAAGAGCUCAAUGUCAGCUUCAUCAAUGUAAGUGUGUGUGUCUGUGUGGUGUCUACCUUCAAAAUAAUGUGUGUGCGUGUACUCUGUUCACUGGGAACGUAACUGAUGUCUUUCAACGAACACACACACAGACAGACAUACAGUAUGUUCUGUCUGUGUAUUUGUUGAGAGACAUACAGGUAACUGCCAAAAUAAAGGAAACGCCUGAGUAAAUGAGGAAUACAAAGUAUAUUGAAAGCAGGUGCUUGCACACAGGUGUGCAAUUAACAUCCCAUCAUGCUUAGGGUCAUGUAUAAAAAUGCUGAGCAGGCACUGUUGCCAAUUAUUUUGGCUACCAUGGCAAGAAGACGAGAUCUUGGUGACUUCGAAAGAGAGAUGAUUGUUUGGGGCACGUUUGGCAGGAGCUUCAGUGACGAAGACUGCUCAACUUUCUGAUGUUUCACGAUAUGCUAUGGCCGCCUCAGUCACCAGAUCUCAACUCAAUUGUACACUUAUGGGAGCUUCUGGAGCGGCGCCCGAGACAACUUUUUCCACUACCAUCAACAAAACACCAAAUUAUGGAAUUUCUUGUUGAACAAUGGUGUCACAUCCCUCCAAUAGAGUUCCAGACACUUGUAGAAUAUAUGCCAAGGCGCAUUGAAGCUGUUUUGGAUCGUGGUGGCCCAACGCCCUUUUAAGACACUAUGUUGGUGUUUUCUUUAUGUUGGCAGUUACCUGAAUGUCAGUUACGUUCCUACAACAUCCUACCACCUUUCUACAACCUUCCUCCAACCUCAGGAGAAGAAGUACCGCCUGCAGAACCAGGUGGACCGUAUGAAGGAGAAAGUGAAAACGGUGGAGGAGAAGAGUAAACACUUUGUCUACCGCGUGGAGGAGAAGAGCCAUGACCUCAUACAGAAGUGGGAGGAGAAAUCACGGGAGUUCAUCGGUAACUUCCUGGAACUGUUUGGCCCAGAUGGAACGUGGGUAAGCUAAAGCCUGUCUCUAAUGCUCCACUCAUGGACAUAUUACAAUCACUCAUCUGACAUUUCACUUCUUUGUUUGCAAAUCUGAUCUAUGAACCUAAACUGUGUUUAGCUUCUACCUCUAGCCUAGUCCUAGUCUUUGAAGUGAUAGUUCUCUCACAAACCUCUUUAUCUCUGUUUCUUAACAGAAACAGGUGUUUAGUGAGCGUAGUGGUCGGAUGAUCUCCUACGCCCUAUCACCCCACGGAUCACCUAGCAACAGUCCCCCCCGGCAACUUUCUCUGUCUCGUUCCCCGUCUCCCCCUUCUCGCUGGCUUCACCCCCGACCAGCCUCCCCUUCCUCACCCAAAGGGGCAUCCGCCUCUUUCAGUAGCAUGAGUGAGGAAGAUGAGAAUGAGAAAUAGGGGCCUGGACUGUGGGACAGACACCUGACACCACGCAUAUACACACGCCUAACAGCUGAUGCCAUGCAUACACACACACACACACACGCACACUUAAGACCACACACUCACAUACUGCCUGAAAGGUGCUGUCACACGCACACAUACACACACACACACACACACUCUCUCUCUCCGACAUCCCCUUCCACACACUGGCAGCAAUGACUGGAUGCUGAAGGAAGUUGUAGAUAUGCAAGACAUGGGAAAUGUAGUGUAGUGCUGUAGCACGAAGAAGCCAUCACAGUCUCUGUUGCCUGGGCAACGAAGCAGACGGGAGUGUAGAGAACAGAAGAUGAUGCGACAGACCUGUUUUCGAUUGCUCAGGUCUGACAGAGACGGUAAAUAAAAGAUUGCCUGUUGAUCAUAUCACUCCAUUUUAUGUCCUCCUUUUUCUCUAUCCUUUCUUUUUGUUUUUAAAUCUCAUGUUAUUGUCAUAUUUUAGAGAAAAACUAGGAUAAACAUGAUAGAUGCAAUUUUACAGCAAUCGUCUGCAGUGUGACUAUUUGCAUUGUGAUAUUACGUGAGUAGCAGGGUUGGGGUCAAUUCCAUUUUGAUUCCAGUCAAUUCAGAAAGUAAACCAAAUUCCAAUUUGAAAUGUUCCUAAUUGAAGAGAAUUGGAAUUUCAGUGUACUUUCUGAAUUGAUUGGAAUUUAAAUGGCCCCAACCCUGGUGAGUAGACCUACACCAUUACAGAACUCUCCAGAUAGAGACUGAAUUUAUAGACAAACAGACACAGUUCUCUAUACUAUACAGUAAGAGAAUAGUCUGUGUCUGCCCUAUGCAUUCUGUUUCUAACUGCAUCAUUCUGUAAUGUGGUGCAUACUGACUGUGGCCUAGUUUGUAGAUUUAACAGAGAAACACUGUCCUCUAGUGGAGUAAUAGUGUGACUGCAGCCUUCCUGGGAGACAAGAGGCCACUUUAGACUAUUGAGAUGCACCCCACUGAAUCACAAAUAAUUCUGUACCAGAUGAUUUUCCAUAGCUACUAGUCUCCCUAGGCAGAAGAGUUGCCUCCCACAGUGUUAACAAUGUUCCAGCAUAGGUCUGGGAUAUCCGAGACUACAUAGCGACUGCAUAAAUGAAUGGAUGUUACGUUUCAACAAUGUUAACACCAUGGAACUUAGUACGUGAUUGGUGAUUGCAUAACGAACAGAACACUUGUCCCUCCCCCCUCCCGCUUUCCCAAUAUGGCCGCCUGGCCGGCCUGUCUCUUGUAAACAGUGCUUUCAAUUGGAGAAACUGAUCUGUCAAUUUAUUUGCUUUUAGAAUGUACAAUUGUGACAGCUUAUUCAGAAGCCGUCCUUAUUAGAAAUGAGAGAGCAAAGGUUGUAUAGUACAGGGAUGGUCAGUGUCAUCCACAAAGGGCUGGUGUGGCCCUAGAAUCAGGUGGCUGGAAUAAAAGCUUGCACCCACACUGGCCCUUUGUGGAUAAGCUUGGCCCGCCCUGUUGUAGUAGAAUCAUUGUGCUCUCCUCUUGCUCUCUCGCCCAGCUAGUCACAUGACACACAACUGUUCUUCAACUUGAUGUCUCUCCCUAUGACACAUCAUAGGCCACAACUGUUCCACAGCGGAAACCCACGAGAUCACUUCCUACCACACACCUCCUGAUCCACCUUAGAGACGUUCUUGUCCCGUAUUCAUUAUAUGUAACCCUGCACUGUGUGUACAAGAUUGGGAAUGUGUCUUUCUGUUUGUAUGGUCUUAUUUUCUAAUGUAUAAUUCCUAAUGGCGUAAUAUGUAAAUAAAUAGAAAAUGAAAGUCAUUGAAAGAGAAGCAGCUUGGUGAUUGUUUCCUCUCAAUCUCUCUUUUUCCAACAGAUACAGACUUGGAUGCACGCAUGCAUAGAACAGACGUACAAUGUCCGUUUUUUGUUCUCUUUAUUGUAGGUUUGGAAAAUUGACAGUAGGUAUUGCAAGCUUGAUCUCAUGCUGAAUACCUCUAUAUUGUUGUAUUUCACCGUGUCUACUGUCUAAGCUAGCCGCUACUGUUCCACAUGUAUACAUACAAAAGUGACUGGUUUAUGAUAAGAUGGGCUGCAUACAUUUGCACAAUCUUUCUCUACAGGGAGGAGCUCAAACAAAGUGCACAGUCAUCUCCUUACAUCAGAGAUACAGUAAGGAUACAUGAGUAAUCACUUCACACCAGUUCAAUAUAUUACCAUACUGUAUAUACAAUAUAAGCUACUAACACCUUAGAGGUACAUAAAGGUAAGGAAGGAUUCACUACCUUAUCUACAGCUAAGCCUACUUGAACUCAUUUUAGGUGCCUCCUUGGCAGUGCUGGAAUGAGUUAGUUCAGGUUUUGCUGAAAACUGAGAAUGGAUGAUGUCAGCUGAUCUGAGCUCCAUGAUUGGUCCAAGUUUGGCCCACUUUUCAUAAACCAGCGAAUGAGGAUAACUAGAAACACAAACAAACAAGGUAAUAUUAUCCCAGAGUUAACUAAGACAAUUGAUCCUUAUUAGAGAGGCCUGAAUGAAAUGUAAUCCUCAUAUGAAGACAUUGAUGAAGAAAAACAAAGUAUGUGUAUACUGUAGCUUGUGACCUUUAAAAUCAAAAGAGGGCGGAAAGAGCCCUCAGAAAUAAUCAUCAUCCAGCUAAAAAAUUGAAGUAAAAAACAAAUGAUCAAAACACAACCCUGUUCCUAUGCAAAAUAACCCUUGUUCCAGGAAUACAAUAUAUUUGUUCCCUAAAGCGCCAUUAACAGGUCCAUACUCCGGCACAAACAAUGGAGUUUCAAAAUGGCCACUUUGUAACACCACUACAACACCCCAGAUUCUUCUGGACACUUAGAUACAAAUAUUAAUUUAAUCCAUUCCCUUCCAUCCUUGAAGAGCAUUAUUCACACACUUCAACCAAUGACAACCAUUACAUGUCUUAUUGGAAAACCAUUCAAAAUACUCCAGUUGAUGUUCAAGCUCGUUCAAUGUUCAGAAGACAGAAGGUUUAGUGAAUACCACAUUGUUAGCGAUAGUCUUGGUUAACGUGAGAAUGUUCAUAUUGCUUUGCAGGGUUGAUGGUGCCACAGGUGGACAAACAAGGCUAACAUAAUGUAGCCAUCUUUAGGAUUGGUAAUUUAGCCUUUGCAUGGUCUUAUCAGGGUGUGGAAGGAGCAGGGAGGGUUAACAGUAACACAUGUAAUGCUGGUGAGGUUUAUAAGCAAUAAACUACAUGAAAGACAAGGCUCACAUGGUGAACCAUCUGUAGUUAACAUUAGCGUCCUAAAAACAUCAUUUUCUUUGAGGCUCAGAUCAAUGCUUCCUAUAGAUUACCUCCUAAAUGCGGCACCAAUUUGUUCAAUAGAAACAACUUGAUGCCAGAGGUUUUUAGAAAGGGGGCAAGACUGCUAGGUGGGCUGUCUCUGACCUUUCAAAGGGUUCGGGAGGAUCAGUAUCGCUGGUUAAGAUCUGGGGGAAAGUUUGAGGAUGACUAUUUCACUAUGUUCUCCUGUCAAACCAACACGUCACAAUACAUUUAAAAUAUAAUAAAAACGAAAUCUCCCUUUUGGAAUGGAGUUGAAAUGAAACUAUAGCCAUCAGGGCAUUUGACAUGCAAUACUUUUUCUUUAACUCCUCAGAGUUCCAAGUCUCCCUCUCUUUCUGAGAUAAUGGAAUAAUAAAAAAGAUACAUCGGUUUGUUCCUGAUUCUUUCUGUAAUAUACAAUAUAACAUACGUAAUGCAUAAUAAUGAUCUGUAGUUAGUUUAAAGCUUGAUCCCAUCGUUCAUAUAGGCAUAGUUAUUCACUGCAACUAUUUUCUAUAACUUGGCAUUGGCGCGCGCCACUGUAACCGUACCAAUCGUAACUAUGACUACGGCCCACACUGACCCCAUUUGUGCCCAAUUAACCUCGUGCCAGUCGUGUCCCGGCUCGAAUUACUGGCGCCUACAGCCUGGUAACGGGGGUGGUCAGUGCUAUCUGGGAUCCUUGGGAUGUCCCUACCCUAAACCCUAUAUCCAGUCAGAUAAACACUCCAAACAGCCUACCCGACAACUCGGGGACGUCCGCAUGGUCCUAAAGGCUCGUUUUGUAUCACAUUCCAAUUAUAAAACUGGGGGGAAGAAAAUGCAAUUUCAGAAUCCCCAGUGAGAGUUGCGCCCCUGCCUUAACCCUUACCUAAACCAUUUUACAUUUAAACUUCAAAGGGGUAGGAACGUCUUUGGAUUCCUGAUAGCAGGGACCGUAAUAGGGUGGGACUGUUUGAAACUUAGGGGGUGUGGAUUUACCGAGUGACAUACUAAUCAAGUCAACUUCUAAGCGAAUCACACGACUAUGAGGCGUGGCUUUAAUUCGAGGCGGGAGAGGGUCCUCACUAGUUAACACAGCCACAAAGUCAUUAACCCUGCCUAUAUCUAAAAUGUCUCUUCUUAAAAAUGAGACCUUAAGCAAACUGCUAACCUUAUGCUUAACCCUAACCUUAAAUGAAGACCAAAAAGCUCAUUUUUGUAGACAAUGUUGACUUUGUUGCUGUGGAAUCUGACUUUGUGGCUAUGGAAGCUAGUAGAAACCGAGAGGGCGUGAGAGCCUGCCACAGUUUUAUUAGCUGGGACUUUGCAAAGUUGUAAAAAUCGUCAAUCAAAAUAAAUGUUCAAUUACAUAAACCAUAUUAUUUUUGGGAAGCCCAAUUGAUUCUGAUUUUGGGCAUAUAAAGUUAAUAUGUGAAAACUAUUUCCAAUAUGCGUACUUUCAGAUUUUCUGAACUCACUUCCUUGUUUAAAUCACUUGCGCUUUGAAGUCCACAAUGUAGCUGUGGUAGGUUCUAAGGGUUGCGCUAGAUGGUGAUGGACAGAGAUCAGCCAAUUAAAACAGACGGCUGUUUUCGCCGCUCCUGCCAUAGUCUCCCAUUCAAGUUCCAUUCUGAGGCGCUGUGAGACCAGACGGUUCGACAGAGAGUUCGGCUGGUGGACGAGAUUAGUGCCCAUUCAAAACUGUGUCCUCAAGGGAAAAAAGGAGGUCCUUUUCUCUGUCGGGUCUGAAACCCAAAUCCUCAGCCUGUCACAGCCUGCUGCUUUGUAG